CUGGGAAGCCCAGCAGGAGCAACCAUGGCCUGGCCGCAGCAAAGACCUGGUUGGUGUUGGGAGAAGAUGUCCCAUCUGAAAUGGAGGUGACUGAGGGCACUGGAUGCCGGCUGCGCUGCCAUGGGGCUGUGGCUGCUGCCCUGCCUUGCUCGUCUGCCCACUGCUGUGAUCUACGGCUCCCUGUCGCUGUUUGUUUCCAUUCUGCACAACGUGUUCCUGCUGUACUAUGUGGACACCUUUGUCUCUGUUUACAAGAUUGAUAAACUGUCCUUCUGGAUAGGAGAGACUGUGUUUCUGAUCUGGAACAGCCUCAAUGACCCUCUCUUUGGCUGGCUGAGUGACCGAGUCUUCCUUAGCACGCAGCAGCCAGGAGCGGAGAUCUCCUCGCCAGAAGUAGUUYUGAAGAGACUCAGGGCACUAAGCCACAAUGGGCCCCUCUUUGCCAUCUCCUUCCUGGCAUUCUGGGUAGCCUGGGCUCAUCCUGGCGUGCAGUUCCUGCUCUGCCUUUGCCUCUACGACAGCUUCCUCACCAUGGUGGACCUCCAUCACAAUGCCUUGCUUGCAGACCUGGCUGUUUCGGCAAAGGACAGGACGAGCCUCAACUUCUAUUGUGCCCUUUUCAGUGCCAUAGGCUCGCUCUCUGUCUUCAUGUCCUAUGCAGUGUGGAACAAAGAAGACUUCUUCUCCUUUCGCGUAUUUUGUGUGGUGUUGGCCCUCUGCUCCAUCGUUGGCUUUACCUUGUCAACGCAGCUGCUCCGCCAGCGGUUUGAGGCUGGUGGGAAAGCAAAAUGGGACCAGGAAUCAGCGCUGAAGGAGCUGUACAUUGAGAAACACUCAGUCCCCCAGGAGAAGAGGAUCACCCUGGCAGAGUAUCUCCAGCAGCUCUCCCGACACCACAACUUCCUCUGGUUUGUCUGCAUGAACCUUGUCCAGGUUUUUCACUGCCACUUUAACAGCAACUUCUUCCCUCUGUUUCUGGAGCACCUGCUGUCAGACCAGAUCUCUGUCUCUACUGGAUCCUUCCUUCUAGGUGUCUCCUACAUCGCCCCUCACCUCAACAACCUCUAUUUCCUGUCACUGUGCCGCCGCUGCGGGGUGUACGCGGUGGUGCGAGGACUCUUCUUCCUCAAGCUGGCUCUCAGUGUUGCCAUGUUUCUCGCAGGACCYGAUCAGGUCUAUCUGCUCUGCAUCUUCAUUGCCAGCAACCGAGUGUUCACAGAAGGGACGUGUAAAUUGCUGAACCUGGUGGUGACCGACUUGGUGGACGAGGACCUGGUGCUGAACCGCCGGAAGCAGGCGGCCUCCGCGCUGCUCUUUGGGAUGGUCGCUCUGGUCACCAAACCGGGCCAGACCUUCGCCCCUCUGAUUGGCACCUGGCUACUCUGCGCAUACACGGGCUAUGACAUCUUCCAGCGUGACCCCUUGAGCAACGUGGUGAGYGCCCGGCCGAAGCUGGCGUCGGACGCUGCCUGGGAGCCGACCCUUCGCCAGGGCUGUUUUUACCUCCUCGUCUUCGUGCCCAUCACGUGCGCGUUGCUGCAGCUCCUCAGCUGGUCUCAGUUCAGCCUGCAUGGGAAGCGGCUGCAGAUGGUGAAGGCUCAACGCCAAAGCCUGACUCAAGGCCGAGCUCCAGAGGUCAAAAUGAUCUAGGGAUGAGUGAGCCUGUGGCACAGGGUCCUGUUCUCUGGCUCCAGGACUGCAGCUGGGGCACAGGGAGCAGUGGCUGAGAGCCCCAUGUUUACGAUUCAGCUGCASAGUGUUGCAGUGCCAGUGUUUACCCCUGCCAGGAGCAGGGGAAGGCUGAGGCCCUUUGGCAUGUGAGCAGCAGGGCAGGGGGCUGUGCCUGUAGGAGGGUCUUCUCCCUGCCUGGUUCCAUUCCUGGCUCCCUGGGAGCAGAGCUGUCUGUCCCAGGGUGGGAGGCACCAGGCUGCAGUGUGUGAUGGAGCCCCAGCRGCUCAGCAGGAGGGCACUGCCCUGCGAGUCCUUCCUUGCUCCAGCCCUGCAGUGUCAGGGAGUGCACUAGGAGGCUCCAGAAGAAGCAGGUGACCAGGGGGUAAUUUUGGGACAGUGGGAGGAGCAGGGAUGAGAGCCCUGAAGGCUUUUCCCUGGAGCUGGUACAACUGCUCCCAGCUCAUGCUGUACUACUUGGACCAAACUUGCACUGAGGCAUUUCUUGUUCCCAGGACAGCAUCCUGCACAGCCAGAGUCCUGUGGCUGUUUUUGUGCUGAGGCUUCCUCUUAAGCGGCCUCACAGAAUUGUCAGUGGGCUGGGAAAGGUGGUGGGCUUGAACUGGGCUCCGAGCCCCAAGCUGCCUCAACCUGUCUGGGCAAAAGCAGGUCAGAGCUYUGCCAGAGCAGGCUGGGCUGGCAGCUGCCUACCCUGUGCCCUCCUGUGGGGAGGGAGGCCAGGGCAGUCCUUCAAGGCCCCAGACACCAACCUCUCUGYUCAGCCACCUCCCCAGGUUCUCUACCAGGUCCUGUAGCCAACAAACUUGCCCUCUUGCCUCAGGAUCCGGCUGCCUUCUGCCUUGGACCAAGACGCAGUGAAGCUGUUGUGGUUCCUGCUGCAAGGCUGCUGUAGCCCGUUAUGGUUAAGUCAUUUGUGUGACUUUUAACAWGAAGGUUUGAGACUAAUUCAUUCCAUAAAUUAAAGAUGAUCUUUUCUGUA